GGCUGCUUCUAACUGUCGUCUUUCCUACAGAAAGGAACGGAAAUCAAACAAGGAAAGAGGCGCUUCGGCUGCUGUUUUUGGAUAGAGAGAGAAAGAUGUCGAACAUCACCGAUGAACUCAAGAUGAAGAAUACCAAAUCCAAGUCCCUUAAUCCUUCUAUUUCUGAAAAUCCUAAUCCACCUCACUCCCACACCAAAACUAGAGAAGAAGGCGAGAUCUCUUCUUCAACUGAUGGCGACGAAAAUCCUGUUUGCUCAGCUACACAGCCUGCUGGUUCAGCUAAACAACCUGCACCUGCUGGGUCCAUUCAUGCGCCUACAUUGAACAAAUUCACUGAACACAUUCAGGCCAGGAAGUUUACUUUUGGCACAAAUCCACCAAACUCUGCUGAUGUUCAGUCCCGAGCAUCUGUGCUACCAAAUAAUGACAAGAGCUUUGAGAAGAAUUGGGUGCCAUUGAAAUCAGCUAAUCCUGGAUGGCAUGGGCCUCCAGGUGCUGAUACUAACCUAGUGGUAAGCUUCUUGGAUGAUGACACAGGAAGUGAAUCAGAAGAUCACAGAGCAGAAAAGGCUUUGGAAAAUAAAUGGAACAUGGCUGGGGUGGAUGGUAAUCAAAGGCCGCCUUCUCUUUUAUCAGAAAGAUCAAGUAAAUUACAACAGACUGCUGGAAAUGUAAGCAAAAUAAUGGCCAAGAAAUUAUCUCUUAGUCGCACAUAUAUCUCAUCAACUGCAAAGAUUACUGGUGGAGCCCAUUGCAGUAGUUCUGUACCCUCAUCUGUUGAUCAAGGAUCUCAAGUUAGCGUUUUUAAUAAUAUGAACAGAAAAUUUACAAGCCCAGAGCAUGGUUUCAUUCAAGGUGUGGGUUCGAAUAUCACCAAACUUUGGGACUUUAGGCAGCAGAUAGCACUUCGAGAAAGAGAACUGAAGCUUAAGGCUGCCCAGCAGAAUGAGGAAUCUGCUUCAGUUUCUGGCAGGGAUUGCACUGCUGUGAAACUAGGCUCUGACACAGUCGGGAAAUAUAAUGCAGUCUCUGCUGAUGUUGGACAAAUAGAAGUAAAAGAGCCAGAUGGGAAACGCUUAAAAGUCAGUGGAUCUUAUUCUACCCAGUUAGCAUCAGAAAGGAGACAAGAAAUGCUAGCUGUAAAAUCUGUUUUACCAUUGAAAGAGCAAGCAGUAGAGAGCAGUACUUUGCAGGACAGGAAUACUGUUGAUCAUAACCAAAAAGAAAGUCCCACAAGAAGGGCAGAGUCGAGCGUUGUUAAAUGGCAAAAACAAGACAAUAAGCGGGUGGAGAAUUCAUUAGAGAAUCUACCUAGGGUUGACAUCAAUAGUAAUUGCUCUCAGACUGACAGGAGCGCUAUGCAGAAAAGUAUGGAGUUGAAUCAUCCAGUUAAUAUUGGUUGGAACCAACUACUGGGUUCUCUCUUAAAGAUAUCAACUAGUGAACAGCAUUUAAUGGUUGGUUGUGAUUGUCAUGAAGGUGUAUCCAAUGACAGGAGAGCUGAAUCAUCAUUGAACAAUAUUUCUCAGGCAUCUUUGGACGAUGUAGGCCUUUGGAAUUAUUUAGGUGCUCCAAAUGUCUCAGAUCAUAGCAACAUAAAUAUGCAUUCGUUGGUUGAAAUGGAGGAAUCAUUGGACAAGGAGUUGGAGGAAGCGCAAGAGCAUAGACGCAUAUGUGAAAUUGAAGAAAGAAAUGCUCUUAAAGCUCAUCGAAAAGCCCAAAGGGCUUUGUUUGAUGCUAAUGCUAAGCGUACUGAACUUUAUCGUAAAAAGGAACUGUACUCAGCUCAAUUUCAAUGUUUCAUUUUGAAUGAUUCCAGUUUGUUAUGGUCCAUGAGAAAGCAUCAACAGGUUGGACUUGGGUUGAAUUAUACAGACAAAAAAUCUAGAAAACUAGAACUAAUGCCACCAUCUAGCGAUUCAGGAGGCUUGGGUAUGAUGGUCAUAACCAACUAGAGUAUGAUUCAAACAUCCAAUGUGCCAAUGGUGGUCCCUUGAAAAUGUCCUAUAGGCAUGUCAAUGGGCAAAAUAUGGGGUCUGAACCAUGUGGUGAACCAGAUGCAAGUACAUCAGAGCCAUUGCAUCUUAAGAGGAAAAAUGUUGCAAAUGUACUAAGCUCUCCAUCACAUGAUCCUAAUAUUUCAGCAGAUGAAGACGAGGAGACAUCUCCACUAGACCAUGAAACUGUGCAACCCACUUUCAAAAAUCAACAAAGAGAACAAAAUUCCUUGGGAAGGCUAAAAAAAAACUAGUAAUCAUUCAAACAAAAAUUUCUCCAUUGAUGGCACCCAAGAUUCUUUUAUUCUCGAGGCAACAUUAAGUUCUGAACUAUUUGCGCGGCUAGGAAGGAGAAUUUUGCCAAAGAAUAAUGUUUUAUCCAACUUUGAGCCUGCAAAUGAGCUGGGGACUGAAAAUGACAAUGGAAGUGACAGAACUCAGACAAACAAUGGCAGUGUUCCAUUAUCAGAGGCAGGAAGAAAUCAAGAAUUUAAUCUUGAAGGUAAUUUUCUUUGAAGGAUAAUGUUUACUCCUCUAGUCCAUAGAAAACGUCUGGCUUUUGGCUUUUUGUUGAAUGUUGAGCUGAUUAAUUGUUUCCGUGAAUGAAAUUGAUAUUCUUUGCAAUCAUGUGUCAUUCUAGAACUAUUCACUAUUAUUAUGUUGUAUCACAACUUUUCUUGUGAAUGUUCAUGCUUGCAUGCGCGCAUAGUCAAACUCACAGAAAUGUUAUGUAUUAUUCUUGCAACUUGUUUAAUGUGUGGUAAAGGCAUUCUCUACUUCUGUGCUUUAUUAUUUAGCAGAUAGUUCUCAAUGGCUUGCGCAUCCAAUUAAGUGCUUUCUACUCAACUG